UUAAACUGGACGGAACGCGGCGUCUCAAGCGCUCCCACAGCAGUUUCCUUGGGUAACAUCUGUCAAAGUUUCCGCCCUGCUCGUUCAGUCAAGCAGUGAGCUUGGUCUUUAGCUUAGCUUCACCUGGUUGAGGCUGAAACUGCUGCUGUUGGAGCCGAAAUGGAAGAACUGUACGUGAAACCCGGUAACCAGGAACGAGGCUGGAAUGACCCCCCUCAGUUCUCUUAUGACCUGCAGAGGGCCCGCGGACAACCCAGGAACCUUCUGAACAAGAGAGCAGCUCCGCCUACAACAGCAGGUGCUGCCCCUCCCACAGCUCCUCCUUCCUCCAACCCACUGGCCCCGCCCCCAUGUGGGAUGGCCCCACGACCAAACCCAGCUCCACCCACUGGUGUGACCACGCCCCCUCAUCACCCUGUGGCAGGACAGAGAGAAGCAGACAGCAGCCAAUCAGAGGGCCAGCCUGACGUGGAGGCAGUGGUGUCUGUUCUGAAGGGAGCGCUGGCCGCCUGCAGGCAUGCAGUCAGAGAGCAGGUGUGUAACGACGUGGACAAGAGGCUCCGCCUCCUGGAGGACAGCUGGAGAGCAGGGAAACUCAGCCUGCCUGUGCAGAGACGAAUGGACGCCCUCGCUCUCGAGCUGCAGGCGGGUCGUUGGGACUCAGCUGAUGAGCUCCAUCGCUCUCUGAUGGUUGAUCAUGUGACUGAAGUCAACCAAUGGAUGGUCGGCGUCAAACGGCUCAUCGCUGAGACUCGAAACCUGAGUCCAGAACUACUAGAAGCUUUUCGCCAUCAACCAGAACCACAGCCGGCGGAUGCGGCCCAGGACUCGGCGGAUGCGGCCCAGGACUCGGCGGAUGCGGCCCAGGACUCGGCGGAUGUGGCCCAGGACUCGGAGGAUCCGGCCCAGGACUCGGCGGAUCCGGCCCAGGACUCGGCGGAUGCGGCCCAGGACUCUGUGUCCCAGUCCUGAUUUGAAGCCAGAUCAAACCCUGUGGAGAUGGGUUGGGCAGUGGGGGAGACUUUGGGUUCUUCAGACUCUGGGGGUCUGGAUGUUUGGACUGGGACUUCAGACUCACAGUUCUGGGAGGUCUUGUCCUGGUCCUGGAGGCCCCUGUCCUGUAUGUUCUGGGUCUAUUCCUGUUCAUGUGAGGAGUUAGACAGCUGGAACAUGAAGGUUGGGGGUCUUCCAGACUCCAGAUCUCAGUCUGUGGCCUGUCAGAGUCUGGAUGUUAGGUUCUUUAUCAAAGAUGUGAAAGCCAGACUUGUGGAGUGGGAUUUCUGGACUUCAUAAACCAGAACCCCCUGAGCUGUCUGGGCAGCUCUGGACCCUCUCCACCUCAGGAGUCUGACCCUGGACACUCUACAGGUUUUGAACUUUGGACUCUGAGUGAGUUUGAGUAUAAAACUGUUUAGUCACCACAAACAAAUCUAAGACAUGUACAUGUAUUUCAGCCUUUUAUAUAAUGAACUUUGGACUCUAUGGGACCUGGGAGCGCUGAAAAAACCUCUGAGGGCCUGAAGGACAGAUCUGUUGAAAGAAAUGUCAGGAGCUCAAUAUAAUCUUUGAACAUUAAAAACAAUCUUGAAUGUAUCAAUCACUGUUUGAAUUUAUUUAAUGAAUGCUUUGGAUGGGUGUCUGCAGUGAAACAAGGUUUCUGAUCAGUAUGACAGAAAGCAACAAAAAGCGGUCCAAUUUUCAUCGACAAGCAUCCUGUGCAGGUGAAAUACCAUCUCAGUAAAUAGGCAGACGCACACCGGCUAGAGCAACAAUUUGGCUAGAAUAUUCUAUUAUGUGCUUCCCCUGCUCGCUGUCAUGCAGCUCACCUGUAGCCAACAGGAUAUGUUAAAGGUUUAUAUGAUGAUAUGAGACAGAUUCAUAAAUUUCCUU